CAUAGUACAUAUCGUCGGCGGCGGUAUCAGAGUGAUCGUCCCGCUCAGUCGACAAGUCCCCUUACCCGGAGACGGCAAGUGGGCUCUGUUAAGUCGGGGACCAUGUUGAGGUGGGGGCAGGCGAAUCCGGUCCAGCUACCCACAUAUCUUCCACAGCGGUAUCCGAGUCCUCCUCCCGCUCAGGCGACAAUUCCCAAUUAUAGUGGUGAUACGGAGGAGAAUUGGUGGCAUGCUGCGGUGCUCUUCCGUCAUAUGGGCUGUCUGUUGCUAUGUUUGGUGGAUGCAGAUGAGAAGAAAGUAGUCUGGACUGAGCGAUUGAGCUGCGCUGACGGUACGGGUUUCGUUUCUUUAGGAUCAAAACUCUAUGCUUUUGGUCCUGGUAGAAGUUAUUACGUUUGUGAUCUUGGUGGUGGGGUUAGGAGAAACCUCUACAAGUUUCACAAAGCAGGGGAGCUGUGCUCAGCUAAGCCAUAUCCUAUCGUCAUUCCCUACGCUAACAGCAAGAUAUUUAUCAUCGGUACUGGUUCCCCUUAUGAGUUAAUGGAAGAAGUUGAUCCUCAUUUAUGGGAGGUUUUGGAUGUCCAUGCGAACGUGACAAGACCUGUGAGUGGUAAACUCCCAUUCUAUGAAAAGAAUGCUCGCGGCAGUGGUGGCACGUUUUCCCGGGGUUAUACCGUGGUUGGGAAUACUGCGUAUGUUUCUGUCUUUGCCUAUUCAGAUGGGACGAAUACCAAUCCUCCGUAUUGUCUUGACAUGGUAACUGAAAGCUGGUACCCGCAUGAGCAGAAACCUGAGUUCAACUACGUGUUCAACCCUUAUGACAACUGGCAAACACUGGGUGAAGUUUGCAAGACUAAGUUGUUUAAGGUGGAGCUGAGUAGCUCUAGCUCUUGCUCUGAAAGGCCUCUUCUUUGCAUCAAGGUAUUGGAUUUGAGGAUUUCUAAACCAGGAGGACCUGAAAAAGUCGACUCUCAUGGAUUUCAACCACUUGAAGUUCUAAAUGAUAAGAUGAAUGCAGUGGAAUACCGUUAUUUCAAAGAGGCAUCUGUUCUUCCUUUGAACAAUGUGCAUGGUGACUUGUUUUGUCUCUUUUUCCUUUAUUAUGACAUGAAAAUGUCCCUUACCCUCCAGCUCUACAACUUCAGAUUGUUGAUCAACGAAUCCCCUCUCUAUGGCUGCAAAAUCAUGUCUACAACAUUAUACCAAGACUUUGCUCCAAAAGGAUGUCACCCUAAACUCCUUAUGACGUCAGGCGGCUAUAUGAUCUGUAACAAUGGCAUUCUGUAAAGGCCGGCUCGAUCACAUUAUGAGCCUUGGGAGAUCGCUCAUAUUGGGAGUAAGUCCAUUUACUAAUAAUUUCUCCUAGUGCCA